AUGACCAGUUGUCGUCGUUUCGACGCCCACAUUCUAUCCGACAGCCACCGCCAAACAUGGAUCCACCCACCGAAUCCCUGCAACGAAUGUCGGGCGCGAAAGACGAGAUGUGAUGGGGAUCUCCCCUGCAAUAUCUGUAGAGUCUCCAGGAAUCCGUGCUCUGUCAGGCAGAAUGCUCGCGGUGACGCUGGAGAAGAACGGCGCAAUGCUUGGACUGAGCCUCCCCAUGACAGGGCGGGUGGGUCGAUUCCCCACGGGAUCCUGGAGCCAUCGAAACAGCGUUUCAUGGGGCAACAGUCGUCGAUCGCAUUUCCCCUGAUUGUCGGAAUGGGCGUGCAGGCUCCUGACCCGCCACGGCUGCAUUCGUUCGGUUACAAUGCUGGGGUCAGACCAGAGCCGGAGACCAUGGUCAGCUUGCAGAUUGCGGAGGCUCUCGACUGGCAUCUUGCCUUGCGAUACAUCAAUGAUUACAUACGAGUUCUUCAUCCUUUGUUCAACUUUCUGGAUCCCGAGGAACUCCGACAGCGGGCAGAGGACCACUGGCACGGCAUGCCCCAGGGACCCAGCUUUGAAGCGGUGAUCAGUGGUGUCAUUGCAUUGGGGCUGUUGUUUCGGUCUCCAUCUCUAGAGCGUCCGAAAAGGGAAACGGAGCCGUGGAUGGUGCAGCACGCGAAAAGCAUUCUCGAGGAUUCCGUCGUGGGCCGAUUACCCACCGUUGAGCAAGUGGCUGCGUACAUCUUGCGCACGCUGUACGUCCGCUCCACGAGCAGACCUCAUCUCGCGUGGCUCAACAGUUGCACGAUGAUGCACCUAGUCGAGGCAACUGGGCUGCAGUAUGGGCCAGAAGAUGUCAUUCUGGCGCCAGGCACAGCCCCUCCGGACACGGGACAAAGAAAGCUGUAUAGGCCCAAGCGGACCGCGCAUGUUGCUGAAUGCCUCCAUGUUUUGAUCGCCUGUGAUUACGGAAGAUCGGUGAUGAACGCCACCCUAUAUCAUCGCCAGGAAGACUUUGCAGCCACUCUCGAGUCGGACUUGACCUCUCAGCUAUGUGCCUUGGUCCAAGCCAUGCCUGUUACCAGCCCAUCACGUGGAUCCGGUGCAGGGGUGGAAGAACAGGUCUCGGCGAUAAUGAAUGUGGCUUCGAUCAAGGUUGAACAUGGCUUUCUGACCAUGGUGAAAGCCGAUCUGAUCUUCUGCUUAUACCGCAGGCUGCGGAUGGUUAAUUAUCACUUUCGCCAAGAACAGAUCGAUAUCAUCAUCUCCAGGGGUACAGAAGCGUUGGCGCCAGUAGACGAAUUUACCAGCAGGCGCACUCGGCAGCCCUUCUGGAAUCUAGUGGGGACUGCGUUUCAGUUCGUGUGCGUGCUGCUUGCGCUGGACACUCCGGACAGCCUGCAGACUAUGCCCAAGGCCAUGGAGGUUUUGGAAGAAAUAUCUCGAAGACUUCCUUCCCCUUUGGCUACAGAAGCAUAUAAGACCGCCCGACAGCUUGCGCGCGCUUGCUUGGAUCAGAAACGCAAGGGAGUUGGGCACCUCGAGCAGUCUCUACAGAGCUUUCAUCCUCAUGCAGAACACCCCGGAAGCUUCGACCCCGAUCCUGAAGCAGAUCAACUCGAGGCCAUUCCACUCGCGCCGGAUGAUGUCGCGUACAAUCCUUAUCACGAUCUGGAGCCAAUUGAUUUUGAUCUUGACUCUCUGCUCAAUAUAAAUCUUUAGACACAGGCUCGGGUCACGCGUCAAUGCCGUCGAGGCAGCGAAGACUCGCCUAGCUAUAUUGUGUCGGUUAGCCGGACACCCAGCUUCCGGCAGAGUGUAUACUGGGCCUGUCUGCUUACCCGGCAUGUUGCCAAAACCCAAUUUACCACGACAAAGACAUCCCUCGCAUACCGCUUUCUUAUCGAUAAAAAAUCAUACCAC